AUGUCUUUGUUACCAUUUGUUUUUGGCUACGAACAUCCUCGUCACCACCGCCAUCACCACUACUGGCCCAACCGUCUGCUAGAUCAAGAUUUCGGACUGGCGAUUACACCUGACGACUUGCUCACGGCCGUCGUCGCCCCAUCACGUUCUUCAGACUACAUCAGGCCCUGGAGACAGCUCGCGGCGGCUGCUCGCGACAUGGGCUCCAACAUCAAAGAGGACAAGGACAAGUUACAGAUAAAUUUGGACGUGCAGCACUUCGCGCCGGAGGAGAUAUCUGUGAAGACGGCGGACGGCUUCAUCGUGGUGGAGGGUAAGCACGAAGAGAAGCAGGACGAGCACGGUUACAUCUCGCGGCAGUUUACGCGGCGGUACGCGCUGCCGAAGGGCGUGGCUGUGGAGCGCGUGGAGUCUCGCCUUUCUUCUGACGGAGUGCUGACCAUCACGGCGCCGCGUGAGGCACCUCCUGAGCUAGCGAACGAACGCAGUGUACCCAUCGCUCGCACAGGACCCGUAAGGAAGGAGAUCAAGGAUGAGACGUCACCAUCUGCAGAUUCCAAAGACGAGAAGAAGUAG